AUGACCUCAUUAGAAACAUUACCCAGAAACAUACUUUCACUCAUAACGUAUCAUCUAGUCAUUUCAACUCCACAUCCACUAUCAUCACAUUACAUUCCAAAUCCAUCAACCAUAAUACCCCUUUUACUGACAUGUAAAACAAUUUACAAAACAAUAAAUUUCGAUUCGAAUCCUCAACUUUACAACUCCCUUUUCAGAUCAACUUUUGAUCAUUCUGCUUUGAGUAGAAGAUACGAUUGGAUGGUGGUUCAUCUUUCAGAAGUAGCAGGUAGAGGUAGAAAGAUAUUUGAUUUAUUUUCAAAUCCUAGGAGUUGGGCGAAUGAAUAUAAAACAAGAUGGGGUAUGGUAAAAAGGAUGAGAAGGGAUGUAAGGGAUUGUACUGUUGUUAAUAAGGAAAAAAUGACGGCUGAUUUAUGGAACGUUUGGUUUAUCUUGACUGAGAAUGCAGGCAACAAUUUAGCAUUCGUACUCGACCUUUGUCAAUUACAAGCUUGGAUGAGAGCUCAUUAUCAUGCUGACAUGUUGGCGGAUGCUUUAGUUCCGGGAUAUCCUAAAGAGACUGGGUCAAAAGCUUUGGGUAUAUGGUGUGCUUUGUUAUCUGGCACUGACUUCCCAGAGGACGAAACACCAUCCGAAGUGGAUGAAAGAAUAUUCAUCAUGCGUCCUUACGUAUUCGCUUCCGCAAAAUAUGACAUCACCUACGCUCCUUGGCGACAUCGAAAAUUACCUUUAUGUGAACCAGGUUGUACUUGUACUUCCCACACGCCAGAUGUGAGUUUACGACCGAAAGCUAUUCCAUAUGAUCGUUUUGGUUAUACUUGGAAACGAGCCCCGCCACAUUUUAUCCUGGGAGCUUACUUGAUGUUCUUCCGAUUAUUGGAGAGACAACCUGAGAGGUUGAAAAUACCAUUAUCAGAUGGAAUAACCUCGUCAUCUCCCCAAACCCUACCGAUUCAUCCGCCAAAACCCAAAUUAUUCAGCCUUAGAACUAUCCUUCCUUCUAAAAUACAUGAUAAAGAAUGGCAACGCAACACUGUUUGUCAAGAUCCCCACACUUCCCCAGGUCUCCCACCUUUAACCUUUCGCGGAGAUUUACAAGGUGUUUGGAAAGGUAGAUAUCUGUUCUAUGACUUUGGAACUUAUCGCGAUAUUCUAGCGGGGGAUAUGAAAGCUGUUUACACUGGUGAUUUCGCAGAACAAUCGAUGGAGAUGAAAUUGAAAGAAACUGUCAUAAAGGUUAGAAAAGAGGAUGUGGGGGGAAAAGGACCUUUGUUAAGUGCGGGUUUCGAGGGGAGGAAUGAAGAAGAAGAAGAAUUGAAAAGGAUAGAAAAUGGUUAUGGGAAUCCAGUAUGGGAUGGGAAAGAUGAGAAUGAUGAGGAAGGAUGGACAAAGGAGAUAUUGAUUUCUGGACGAUGUAAGAGUAGUUGGGGGUUAGCAAGUGUUAAAGGGAGAGUUAGAACUUGGGAUGGUUUGGUCAUACUUUCUUUGACGUAUUCGCCCCAUCCAAUGGGCAAAUGGCUUUGGCGUGGGUAUCUCCACACUGGAGGUUACUUAGUCGGUCGAUGGCGAGACACAUUCACUCCGGAGAAUCUAAGAGGUUACGAAGGUGCUUUUGCCAUGGUCCGA